AUGAGAGAUCGGUACGCCAUCAGCAUCGAAAAUUACACCAUAUACUGCGGCGAUGCUGAUGAGAAGAAAGUAGGUAGCUGCGCGAUAGCUGCGAGGAAAAAUUACAACCAGCUAGUGGAGGAAUUUGGCUCAACGUCGUCUAGAUACGCCUUUGUACGACCGCGCAAUCGCAGAGGACGUAAACUCUGGAUCAAAAGUGCCCACGCACCUGCGGAAACCGAUGAGGACAACAGUAAAGACACCUACUACGAUGAAAUCAAUGCGUUGAUGUCUAAAAUACCCAGCCAGCAGGUGAUCAUUGUCGGAAUCGACGCAAGUGCGAAGAUGGGACUCGAACAACAACCCGAUGUGCCAGCAAAAUGGCAUUAUACAGCGGAGCGCACGUCGGACAACGGUGACCGUGUGGUUGACAUGUGCGAACAGACGGGUCUCAUCAUCGCUACCACGUUUAAGAGGAAUCAUCGACGCCAUCAGCUCACGUGGCAGGGGUCAACCCUUAACGCCUGA